AUGAUGGCGGCAUACCAGCCGACGCCUGGUGUGGGUGGCCACCCAGGUCUUCCUCACGGCCACCCGACCAUGCCACCAAAUCCUGGACAGCAUAUGGGACAACCGAUGCAGAUGCACCCAAGCGUGACAGGCGCGCCCCAUGUCACACAACCAGGAGCCAUGAUGGCGAUGCAGCCUGGUGUAAAUGGAAUGGGUCCUGGUGGAAUGGGACCGCAACACCCUGGCCAAAUGGCGAUGCAAGCACAAAUGGCGCAGACCAUGCAGAAUGCGCAGCUAGGCCAAUUGACUGCCCAGCAGAUGCACCAGGCCCAGCAGUUUGCUCAAAUGGGGAUGAACGGUCAACCGACCUUACAACAACAACAGCAGCAACAAAUGAUUCUUGCUGCACGGCGACAACAGAUGAUGCAGGCUGCUAAUGGAAUGACUCUACCACAAGGAGUUUCACCACAGCACAUGCUGCAGUUGCAAGCGCAAGCGCAGGCACAGGCGCAGCAGCAGCAUGGUGCUAUUGGCUUAGCUCCCCAUCUACAUGCUCAGAUGCAACGUCAGCAGCAACUGCUUGCUCAACAACAGGCUCAGCAACAGCAUUCUCAACAACAGCAAGCGCAACAACAACAAGCGCAGCAGCAGCAGCAAGCCCAACAGCAAGUCCAGCAGCAGCAGGCUCAGCAUCAGCAGCAGGCCCAGCAACAGCAAGUACAACAGCAGCAAGUGCAACAGCAACAACAAGUGCAACAUCAACAAGCACAUGCGCAACAACAACAGCAGCAGCAGCAAGCUCAGCUUCAACAAGCUCAACAAGCUGCUCAACAACAAGCACAGCAGCAGCUUCAACUACAGCAGCAGCAAGCUCAGGCCCAGCAGCAACAGGCUCAAGCGCAACAACAGCAGCAGGCGCAACAACAGCAGCAAGUGCAGCAACAACAAGCGCAUGCCCAACAGCAGCAGCAGCAGCACCAUUUGCAGCUUCAACAACAGCUUGCGAUGCAGCAUGCAAAUUCUCAGCAGAGCAAUCAUAGUCAAGGAGGCCCUGCAGGUCAGACUCCUCAACAGAAUACCCCUAAUCAGAUGCGGCCGCAAUCUCGAACAGCAAACCCCACCGAACAAGCCGCUCACCCACAAACGCCUCAGCAGACUGGCCCGCAGGCUCCAACCCCAGUACAGCAAGCCACUCCUCAGGCACCGCAGCCUACCAAUCAGCAAUCAGCAGACCAAGCCCGUGUGCUGCAAGCUGCAUACCGGCGAGCCCAGUUGCAACAGCAGCGGCAAGUCUCAGCGGGCGUACAACCCAUGGGACAGCUCCAACAGUCUGGCUUAGUGGGUCUGUACAUCCUGAAGUUGAUGCAAUUCAGCGACCAGUUGAGUAGCAUUCAAGUCGCCGCAGGGAGGAAUAUCGAGGUUUGGUAUAAGUUUGUGGAACGGCAUUUCGCUCCCGACGCCUGUCUAAUACACAGCUUUGACAACAACGAAGCCCUUGCAGGCAGGGCAAAGAUCUUUGAAGUUUUCCGUGACAACGUUGCGAGGUAUUUCUGGAACUACUUCGAGUCUGGCGCGCAAUCUAUGCGUCUGCAUACGGAGCUUGCUCGGGAAACGACCUACAAUGCCGGUACUCAUCUUGUCCAGUGCUCUAACGCCAUAUUUACGACCAUAUAUCCCAAUGGGGUGCGCUCUGAUAUGACAGGUUCCCUGAAGGUCAUCUUCGCUGCCGGUUCAGAUCAGAUCCAGUCUCUCUCGUUCCAAACGAGUACCUGUGAAGAAUAUAUCUCCAGAUCGCAAGUCGAGAAGGUGGUCAACGACUGGGAACCCACCCCAUCCCUCAAAUCUCCUGUCAUGACGAAGGGCAAGUUGCCAAAGGCACAGCAGAAAAAAAUGCAAGAACAGCAAGAUCGGUUGAGCAUGGAGCACUUUCCAAAAUCAAUCCAAGGAACAUUGGGCGUUUGCUCACGAGUACAAAACUUCCUCGAGAUAGCAGAGACUAUGAGUGUCAUGGCGGAUAUCAUGUCAUACUCGCAAGAACAUAACAUGCGCCCAGAGAAGGCAAUCGAUGCUCUCGCGGCUCAAUACGAGAUGGCUAAUGUUGGAAACGAUGUCGGUACCCCUCAAGGUCAGAUGCAACAGCAACCGAACGGUAUGCCUGUUGGCAACCGCACGCCGGCUAUGGCAAAUCGACAGAUGCCGCCGAAUGGCAUGCCGGCCUUUGCCGCGUCUCCUGCGUUGUCCCACCUGAAUCUACCUAUGCAACCCAACGGCAUGAACGGCUCGCCACAUCUUGGUCACCCAGGUCUUCAAGGCGGCAUGAUGGGCAACUCUCACACCCCUUCCCCUCACCUCUCUAACAUGGCUGCCCCUCCGAUGAUUCCGCAGCACAGCGCGCAAGGGACAAACAGCAGUACUGCUAGCGCGAACACGAGCCCGAACGCCACGAGUAACAACAAUCACGCCAAUAACACCUCCAACAAACGACGACGAAGCACGGUAAAGCACGAAGGUGAUGAUGUGCCCGAACCAACUGGCAACGCCAAAGUCAAGCCGAGUCCGCGCAUGAGCAAGAAGCAAAGACCCUGA